UUUUUUAUUAUUUUCACAAAAGCAAAAAGAAAAAUACCAUGCUUGCGCAUUUAGCUACAUCUAUAUACAUGGACGAUGAUAGAUAAAAAAGAAUCGCUCUCUCUCUCUCUCUCCAUUAGGAUCACCACUCCUCUUUGUCUCCCCAACAAUGUCCUCCAAUUCCAAUGCUCCCCAAAAAACCAUUCUCUCUUUCCUCAUCCUCUUCGUCUUGAUGAUCAUCAGCACCAUUCCCAGUUGUAGCAGUUCUAGUACAUCCACAUCCACAUCCACAGUGACCGAAGAUCACCACAAAAAAUUCUCGAGAAAAUUAUCUCUGAAAGAACUAUGGUUUAAGCGAGAGAAACUGAGCCACCUCCACUUCUACUUCCACGACAUCGUCGGCGGCAAAAACCCGACAGCCAUCCAAAUCGCCGGGCCGCCGGUUACAAACGCGUCGUCCACGUUUUUCGGCCUUGUGACGGCGAUCGACGAUCCUUUGACGGUGGGGCCCGAGCCGAAUUCCAAGCAAUUGGGAAGAGCUCAAGGACUGUAUGCCUCGGCUUCUCAGUCUGAGGUUGGAUUGAUGAUGGUCCUUAACUAUGUCUUCACGGAAGGGAAGUACAAUGGAAGCACUCUCAGCAUCUUGGGACGAAACGCCGCCUUUUCGGCGGUGAGAGAGAUGCCGAUUGUCGGAGGAAGUGGACUUUUCAGGUUUGCAAGAGGGUAUGCUCAGGCCAGGACUCAUAAGUUUGAUUUAAAAACUGGUGAUGCGGUUGUGGAAUACAAUGUCUAUGUUUUGCACUACUAAUGAGGUUUGUUUUAAUCAAAAUAAGAGAUCAAAUUAUGAGUUAAUUGUUUUUUGUUUUUUACUUUUUUGGAACCUAUGUCAGGAAUAUUUUGGCCCAGUUUGGUAUUGACCUAGCUAAAGUUGUCAAAGUUGUGUGAUGAGAAGCAAAAAAAUAGAUUUUUAAAUAAUUUUCACCUAAAAGCAGAAUCAGUCUAGGCGAAUUCUGAUUUCAAAUGCGGGAAUCAGCUAAGGCUGAUAAAUGAAAGUUUCUUAUUCUCAAUUUUACGCCAAUAAAAUUUAAAAAUUACCAUCUUGCCAAUCACAUUUGAAGAAGAACUCCACCACUCAGAUCUCCUCAAAUUUGAGUCGAUUUGUUACUGAAAUGGGAAUUCUAGGGCUCGAUCUGGGAGAUUCGAGUUGAAAUGCAGCCGAAUCUCUCCCCCUUCGGCACCGUCCUCGGAAACCCCUUCCUUUUCAAUGGCGAUUUGAGCGAGGGUUUUCAGAGCUCUAGGUUUUUCUUUUUUCUCCCCUUUUUGUUGUCCCAAGGAGGCGAGAUGGAUUUCUCCAACGUCGGGAACAAGAUUCUCAGCUCUGUUUGGUCCGCGAGAUCGCUCGGUCUUCUUCCUUCUUCCACUUCCGAUCGCCCUGAGCUGCCAAACAGAAAAGGGGAAAGAAAAACGUUUUACUCGAAGUAUAAGCUGAUUGGAAAAGUGGCUUAGCAGUGUGUAUCAAGCUAAGACAAUAUAUCGUAAAACCCAGCUGAUGCCAUUGCAAUUAGGGCUUAAAAAAUACUGUGUAAUUGAAGCAUUGUGCGUGUGGUUGCUAAAGACGUGGGAAAAUGAGAGAUUUUUAAAAUGAAUUUUUUUAAUGAAAGGCAGGAAAACGAGUGAAAUUUUGAAAAUAAAAUGUUUUGGCUCAGUCAUGCUGCCUUUUUGGAACUAUAGGGUUUGUUUUAUAAAUCAUUAAUUUUCUCAGCAGUUUAAAGAAAAGAAAAACAGAGGCAUUUUAACUUGAUGUUAUGCUGAUUGGAAGGGCUUCACAAUGUACAUCAAGGUAAG